UUACCCCGCCUGCCCUAAGGGUUUUGAGCCCUAGUAAGGCUGCUGGUGUGUUCUUCGUAGCGGGGGCGCGGCGCCAUGGCGACCUUCGCCAAGCCAGAGAAUGCUCUCAAGCGAGCGGAAGAAUUGAUGAAUGUGGGGCAAAAGGCGGCUGCGCUCCAGGCUCUCCACGAUCUCAUCACCUCCAAGCGGUAUCGGGCGUGGCAGAAGCCGCUGGAGAAGAUUAUGUUCAAGUACGUGGAGCUGUGCGUGGACAUGAGACGCGGCCGAUUUGCAAAGGAUGGUCUCAUCCAGUACCGCAUAGCUUGCCAGCAAGUGAACGUGAGCUCUCUGGAAGAGGUGAUCAAGCACUUUAUGCACCUUUCCAGCGAGCGGGCGGAGCAAGCCCAGGCCCAAGCGGAGGCUGCCGUGGUGACUUUCGAUGUGGAGGACCUUGAGGCUGAGAAGACUCCGGAGGAUCUGAUGCUCAGCUACGUGAGCGGUGAGAAGGGGAAGGAGAGAUCCGACAGAGAGCUCGUCACGCCGUGGUUUAAGUUCUUGUGGGAGACUUACAGGACAGUGCUGGAGAUCCUUCGCAACAAUUCGAAGCUGGAGAGCUUGUACGCUAUGACUGCUCACCGUGCGUUCCAGUUCUGCUUGCAAUACAAGCGGACUACUGAGUUUCGCCGCCUUUGUGAGAUCUUGAGGAAUCACCUGGCUAAUCUCAACAAGUACAGAGACCAGAGAGACAGGCCGGAUUUGACGCUUCCGGAGAGUUUGCAGCUUUAUCUCGAUACUCGUCUAGAACAGCUGAAAGUUGCAACGGAGCUCGAGCUCUGGCAGGAAGCAUUUCGAACGAUAGAGGACAUUCAUGGGCUAAUGUCGAUGGUUAAAAAAUCUCCGAAACCUCAGAUGAUGGCUAUCUACUAUGCUAAAUUGAUAAAGAUCUUCUGGGUUUCUCAAAGCCAUCUGUACCAUGGUUAUGCUUGGUAUAAGCUCUAUAAUCUUCAAAAGAGUUACAACAAGAACCUCACUCCGAAGGAUCUGCAACUGAUGGCUUCAUCCGUCCUGCUCUCGACAAUUUCGGUUCAACCGUACGAUAGAAAGCAUGGAGCUCAUCAUUUCGAACUCGAGAUUGAGAAGGACAGGAACGUGAGAAUGGCUAACCUUCUCGGGUUCUCGUUGGAUCCUAAACGUGACAACCGCGAAGCGCUAUCCCGCUCUGCUUUGCUCUCUGAUCUGAUAUCCAAAGGAGUGUUGACGUACGUCCUGCCUGAGGUGAAGGACUUGUACUGUUUGUUAGAAAACGAGUUCCACCCUCUGGAUCUUGCCACGAAAGUGCAACCUCUUCUCGCGAAGCUACCUAAGCUUGGAGAUAAGCUUUCAGCAGCUUCUCCAGUUCCCGAAGUUCUUCUUGAGGAGUUUAUUCCAGCAUUGCAGAACCUUACUACGUUGAGAGUUUUGCAGCAGGUUUCGCAAGUGUAUCAGACGAUGCGAAUCACAAACCUCAGCAACAUGAUACCUUUCUACAGCUUUACUGUGGUUGAGAAGCUUGCUGUAGAUGCUGCAAAGUACAAUUUCGUUCAGAUGAAAAUUGAUCACGGGAAGGGUGUCGUUCAUUUUGGCAGUCAGGAUCUAGAGUCUGAAAAGAUCAAAAACCAUCUUACAAUUUUGGCGAAGCGACUUAACAAGGCCAUAGGUCUCAUGCAACAACCUACUAAAAGACCCGAACAACGUUUCUCUGAGCUUCUUUCCAUUGUGGAAAAGGACCAUAAGCGACUUUUGGCCCGUAAAGUGAUCAUUGAGAAGAGAAAGGAGGACCAGGAGAAACAAAUUUUAGAAGCGGAACGCGAGGAGGAAAUCAGAAGACAGCAGAAGCAAAAGAGUCUCGAGGACCAGGAAAGAUUAAGGUUGCAGCGGGAAUCCGAGCAAAGGGUGGAGGAAAGAGUAAAGAGGGAAAUUGAGGAGAAGGAGAUUGAAGAUGCGAAACUUCUGUUGGACAAGCAGAAGGGAAGGCUCAAAAAGAAACCGACUGACCUGGAUAAGCCGAAAACGAAAGAGGCCAUAAUGCAGCAAGUGCUCUUGGAUCAAAAGAAGGAGCGCGAGGAGCUAGACCGUAGGCUCCAAAAACUUGCGAAGACAGUGGAUCAUUACGAAAGAGCAAAGCGUGAAGAAGAGCGCCCUCUGAUUCAAGCUAUGUACUUGAAGCGCCAAGAAGAUGAUCGAAUUUAUUUCGAGGAGCAGCAGAAGCUGGCCGUUGAGCAGAGUAGGCUGCAACACUCCGAAGACCUCCGUGAGAAGGAAAGACUGCUAAGAAUGCAACAAGAUAAGGAGGAUGUUCAAAACGAGGUUUCGAGCCGCCGCAGAGGUGAAUUUGAACGCCAGAUGAGAAUUCGAGAGGAAAGGAUUGCAGAGGAGAGAUCCCUGCGGAGGCAAGAGAGAGAACGACGAAGGAAGAUGGAGUACUAUCGCAUCCAAGAGGAGGCGCGCCUCAUGAGACUGAGAGAAGAGGAGGAGGCUCGCAGGAGACAAGAGGAGGAAAGGCGUAAGGUGGAAGAGGCCGAGAGGAAGGCCAAACUCGACGAGAUGGCCGCCAAGCAACGGCAGCGAGAAGCGGAGGCGGAGGAGAAAGCCCGCAAGGAACGCGAGGCCCUGACCGAGAAGUCGAGCCUCUUCACCCCAACAAGGAGAGAGGGAGGGGCGCCGCCACCGUCUUCGUCGUCUUUCGGGCUCCCGCGCUCGUCUCAGCCAUUCAGAAGCGGCGCACUGGACUCGUCCCGUUCGUCGCGCUUCGACGACAGGAGGGAGAAGGAGCCACCGCCACCUAGAGAUCUCCGGGACGAGAGGAGCCGGGACUACGAGCGGAGCCGAGACCACGAGAGGAGAGAUUAUCCGGGGCCCGAGAGAAACCCGGGGAGAGACUACCCGAGAGAGCCCGAGCGGAGAGAUUUGCCAGCGCCAGCCCCGGCCCCGACUACGACUGAGCCUCCAAAGCCUGGUAAGUAUCAGCCACCGUCGAGGAGGAAUCCACCGCAGCAGCAGCAGCAGCAGCCCCAGCAGCAGCAAAGCAGCGGCUACUCGUCGAGAAGGUGGUGAUAGGUUUUGGACGAAAAUAAGAGAGUUUUUUUUGGUCCUUUGUUUUUGUUUCGAAUGUUGGGACGUCUUUCUUCGAGCUUAAUUCAAUUCCAACUAAGUACCUAAAAAGGUUUUA